CAAUGAAAAUAGAAGACACAGACGCGAGAUACCAAAAUGGCAGAACUCCAUCACGAAACGUUUCCGCCUCCGGAAAGUGUAAAAAAUGAAGCUUUUAUUAAUAGCAUGGAACAAUACAAAGAAAUGUAUCAAAAGUCUAUCGAUGAUCCAGAAGGUUUCUGGUCUGAAAUAGCCAAAGGUUUUUAUUGGGAAUCCGAACCAACGGGAAAAUUCCUCGAUUUCAAUUUUGAUGUAAGAAACGGUCCAAUUUACAUCAAGUGGAUGCAGGGUGCAAAAACAAACUUGUGCUACAAUGCUGUUGAUAGACACAUUGAUAAAGACGGUGACCGAUUGGCCUUUUAUUGGGAGGGAAAUGAUCCAGAUGAUGACGGUCAAGUUACUUUCAGUGAAUUGAAAGACAGAGUGUGUCAGUUUGCAAAUGUCCUCAAAAGUCUAGGUGUUGUGAAAGGUGACAGAGUGGCUAUUUAUAUGCCCAUGAUAGUUGAUAUAACUGUUGCAAUGUUAGCUUGUGCCAGACUUGGUAUCAUUCACUCUAUUGUGUUUGGUGGAUUUUCAGCAGAAUCUUUAGCAGAUCGUAUUUUAGAUGCCAAGUGUUCAGUUGUAAUUACAUCAGAUGGUGUAUGGAGAGGAACCAAAUUACUUAACCUGAAAGAUAUUGUUGACAAAGCAGUUGAAAAAUGUGAACAUGUAGGUCACAUUGUGGAGCAUGUGAUUGUGAGCCGACAUCUGUUACCAGAGGAAAUUGUUGUAGGCGAAGGUGACGAAGAGAGACAACCUGCUGUGAGGCCAUGUCGCCAUCUAAAUAUAAAGUGGAAUGCCCCUCGUGACAAAUGGUGGCAUGAACUGAUUGAAGGAGCUUCAACGGACUGUCCUUGUGUAUGGCUUGAUGCAGAAGAUCCCCUGUUUAUGUUAUAUACAAGUGGGUCAACAGGUAAACCAAAAGGUGUAGUGCACACACAGGCAGGCUACAUGCUGUAUUCAGCUACUACAUUCAAGUAUGACUUUGACUAUCACCCGGAUGAUAUAUUCUGGUGCACAGCUGACGUGGGUUGGAUCACUGGUCAUACAUAUGUUACUUAUGGUCCACUCUUAAAUAAAGCAACUUCAGUUAUUUUUGAGGGUGUACCAACAUACCCAGAUCCCGGCAGAUUUUGGCAGAUAGUAGAUAAAUACAAGGUGUCAAAAUUCUACACAGCACCUACAGCAAUCAGAUCAUUGAUGGGCUUUGGUGAUGAACAUGUUACAAAAUAUAAGAGAGAUUCGCUAAAAGUGAUAGCAACUGUUGGUGAACCAAUUAACCCAGAGGCAUGGUUGUGGUAUUACAAUGUUGUUGGUAACAAAAAGUGUGCUGUAGUGGACACAUUCUGGCAGACAGAAACUGGAGGCCAUGUCAUUACUCCCCUACCUGGUGCCACACCCACAAGACCAGGAUCUGCUACAUUUCCAUUUUUUGGUGUGGUACCUGAGAUUCUAAGUGAGGAUGGCAAAACAGUGGAGGGUGAAGGAGAGGGGUAUAUUGUUUUCAAACAGCCCUGGCCUGGUAUAAUGAGAACUGUUUAUGGGAAUCCCCAGAGAUUUGAAACAACAUACUUCAAGAAAUUUCCAGGAUAUUACACAACUGGAGAUGGUGGCAAGAGGGACAAAGAUGGAUAUAUAUGGGUUACAGGACGUAUUGAUGACAUGGUGAAUGUAUCAGCUCACUUGCUAAGUACAGCAGAGAUAGAAUCAGCUCUUGUAGAGCACAAGUUAGUGACAGAAGCUGCCGUGGUUUCACAUCCACAUAAAAUCAAGGGAGAAUGUACAUACUGCUUUGUAACGCUAAAACAGGGUAACAAGUUCACCGCUGAUUUGAUACAUGAACUCAGAGCUCAAGUGAGAACAAAAAUAGGACCAUUUGCUACACCAGACUUUAUACAGGAGGCACCUGGACUGCCAAAAACAAGGUCAGGUAAAAUCAUGAGACGAGUGUUACGCAAGAUUGCUGUAGGAGACAAGGAUAUUGGAGAUGUUUCAACCAUGGCAGAUGAAACUGUUGUAGAUGAACUGUUCAAGCGGAGACCAGAAGACGCAUAAUGUUACUUUAUAUUGUAGUUAUAAAUCAUGGUUAUUGUACAACUGGAUUACUUCAUUCUUAUUCUGGAAGGUGCAGAUCCUGAAUUAGCUGUUGUAUUGGUAGUUGAAUAGUUAAAUGUUUACUACAAGUAUGUCAUGGCUAAUUAUUAGUUUGGGAUAUUUGUUUAGUUAGCAGCAUUAAGAAAACAAUAUGCAAUUUGCACUUUAUUUACUAUAACCAUGCACCAAUUAAAUAUAUAGUGGAAAGAUUUAUUGAUGUUAUGUAAAUUAGAAGAUUUUUUUGAUACAUUCAGCAUAUGAGAUUACACUGUUGAUGCAUUCAAUCUGUUAAUGAAAAUAGCAAUCAUGUUGCAAAGCAAUUUAGACAUUUCACAAUACUGUCUAGCAAUGUCUUUUACAAAAUUCUUGACUUUGGACAGUAAAAUCUGAUGUAUUUUUCUGUCAUCUUUAGGAGGCUCUUCCAGUUUGGUGAAUCUGUCAUAAAUCACGUUGUUUAUACAAAGUCUUCGACCACAUUCUGCUUGUAUGUGAAAACAAGUCCAAAUACUGGUAUUUUACUUCGAGAUUGUGAUAAAUUCACUUGAUUAAUGAUAGUGAUGAGAUUGGUUUUUGGACCAUUUAUUUAUAUCACAUGUGUACAGGUCAUAGAGUCGGUCAUUAUACCGACUAAAAAUAAAAUGUUAAAUUUUUGCUAUUAAAAAUUAAUGUUUUCUCAUUUAGGUGUGCAGUUUAGUCCCAAUUUUAAUAGCAUUGUAAAUAAUCUCCUAAACUAACUUAUUCAUAGUAUGAAAUACUUGAUUUUAACAUAAGCGCAUUGUCCAUAUUUCUAGGAAGCAAUAAGUUCCCAGUUUUUUAAGGCAGUAGAAUACCUUUCGUUUUUGCUGUUUAUGAACAAAUUUAUAGUUUCAUUUUAUUUUAAUCAGUCAUUUUUAAAUAAAAGUGUAAGUAAUUAUUGUUUGGUUCGUUUAUUGCGUACCAGGGUUUUUGUCAUACUUUUUAAGUAAUUAUUGAAAAUAUUGAAAUUAUCCUGAAGAACUCAGAAGUUUUCAAUAUCAGUUGAUCAGGUUUCUAAUAGCUCUACUUUUUGAAAAAGAAUUAAUAGUAGAGCCUUUUUUGUUAGCCUUUUGUUGCCCUCAGUGUUACAAAAGUUUUGCAUGUUACCAGGUUCCUCUUUGAUAAGAAAGCCUAAUGCUUUUAUUAUUGUUAUUAUAUCAGAUUUAUAUAGCGCCCUUUUCAUGAUAAACACGAUCAGAGGCACUUUACAGAUAGGAAAGGCAGCCACACGGGGCGCGAAAUUCAUCCUCUACUAGUACAGACACAGAACGAUCUGACCAGAGGGACAGUGAGAAAAAGCCCCCAGAACAGAAAAGAGAGAAAUCCUUUUUAGAUACAGGCCUGUCCGGCUAACUUAGCCUAGCUCUUUGCAAAUAGACAGUGCCCGGUGUAUAGCACCGAUACACAAGAAGCCGUCUUUUCUGGGAAGAACCAGUACAAGCCUCUUAGUUUGGUGGGAGACGCUUAAGAGCAUCUCGGAAAAUUUCAAAGUUGACCAUCAUAUUUCAUGUCUGGAGCAUAACUUAUUAACAAUUCAAGGUAUUGACUUCAAACUUUGCAUGUAAGUAGGUAGUGAUGAGACGAUGUGCAGAGAACAUGGACCUGGUCUGUAGGUUAAAUUCAAGGUCACAAUUUGAGCUCAAAGGUCAAAUCUGUCUGUUAUACUUUGUGUCCAGAGCAUAACAUAUUAAAAAGUCAAGGUGUUGACCUCAAACUUAAGAUAUUGGUAGGUGAUAAUGAGACGAUGUACACAGUACAAGAACCAGGGUGGUAGGUCAAAGGUAAAGAACAAUCUGCCAAUCAUAUUUCGUGUCCAGAGCAUACCUUAAAAAAUAUUAAAGGGUGAUGAGACAAUGUGCAGACUGCAGCAAUCUAUAUGACACCCCCACCCAUCAUUAACUUACCCCAUCCGCCCAAUAUUAAUUAAUUACGUUUCUUGCCCUUUGGUAUCCUGUCACCAUCAGUGCACACGCAUCCCCUGCUUCCAACCCUACCCCCACCUCCCACCUUAAAAAAAAUCUUUAAAUUUUGCUUCUGUCGUCUUAUAUAACUCUUUGGGCCUGUAUUGCCUUGCUUGGCAGAGCUCUUGUUAACAUAGAAUUUUUAUGAAAGUUUUGUAUGUAAAGCAGGUUUCUCUGGAUGCCUUUCAAACUUCAUAAGUUUCUGGCAUCAUAAAAAAGACCAUUUUUAGCCAGGUUCCAUAUCCUUGACUUAUAAUUUACAAAAUUAUUUUCCCUUUUCAGCUGAGAAAAUUCUGCUUUAGCUUUUUAUGUAAGCUUUAUUAGGUGCAAGGGAUUCAGAUUCUGUCAUAAGGCAGCUCUUGUUUAUCAUCCUAAGCCACAUUUACCAUUGUAAAUAUGCCAAAAAUAUUUAAAAUUGCAAUUUUGACUUUUAUUAUGAGACUUUUAGGAUAUCAUAUUUAUCAUAAAAGCAGAUUGUUUCUAAAUUUUUCAAAAUUUAUUUCCAGUGAAAAUACAUUUUAGCCAUAAAAUUAACACACUUAGAUAUCAUGUUCCUGCUGACACCCUUGUAGAUCUUUAUAAUGAUGUAACAUUUGUAUUUUCAUUCUUGAUUUUGUGGCAGAACCCUGUUGCAGAAAAAAGUUGAAUCAGACAGUAUAUAUAGAAGUAUGCUUAAAGAUCAUUAUGUUUUUAGCAUAUACAUUAUUCAUAAUACAUCAUUGAACAUGUUACUAAUGUAUGUUCUGUUUGCAAUGCUGAUGUGAAGUCCCUUUUUUACCAUGCUAACUUAUUUUGUAAAGGUAGUACAUGAACAAAUAAAAAUGUGCUGACAUUCUAAUUAGUAUGAUUGUUCAGUUUUCAUACAUGUAUAUACUAACUGUGAAAUGACACAAAUACUCUUGAGUGACAGCCAGUAGGUGUGUUCCCAGUGAUACUGGGACAGUGGACUGUCCUGAAAUAUAAUUUCAAAAAUUGCCUGACUUUUCAGUAGAAGACAUAGGAGGCGUGAUCCAUCCUAAAAUACUGUUAAUUAAAAUAUGGUAGAAAAGCUUACAAAACAUUCACAGAUUGAAUGCUUAUGCAAAGUUAAGUUAAUACAUCUUGUAAAAUAGAAAUUCUAUUUCAAUUUCUACUCCUACUUGAAAUGUAAUAAGAUAAGAAUUUAUUUUAGGAAUUUAUGAAAGUUGAAAUUUACUUGUGUUUAUGUUUCGAUAGGUUAUAUAACUUACUGCGGAUGUCAGGGUUAUGAUGUUACGUAAUUCCUUUGUAUGUUAAACAGACUUAAUGAUGUUGUAAUUGUUAGGAAUAUUUUUAGAUCGAUGUUGUAUGUUGUUGUGAUUAGCACCAUCAAGUAACAAAAAUCUUGUAUGCUUGGCUCAACUCCCACCUUUAUGGUAUUCAGAGGGUAUUUUGUUUGUGUUUAAACAAAAUCAUAGAUAUAAAUCACAUAUGUGUGAAUUAUUUACCAAACAGCUACUCCCAGGAUACAAUAAUUAAUUCAGUCAUUCAGGGUAGGCUAUAGAAGUGUGAUGCUGAAAAAAAUGUAUUUUUGCUACGCAUAAUUGAUUUGAAGCACCGAUGGAAACAUUGAGUAUCAGUAGUAAUAUAUAUUUUUAUGUAGGGUAACAUUUGAACUUUUGUAUCAUUUUAUUAAUGUGGUCUUAGGGAUUUUUAUGACGCAGAUCGACUUCUAAAAGGAAACACCUCAAAUUUGAGUGUGAAUGAAUCUAAAAUGCUUUUCAUAAAAGUCAGUAUCUGGUAUUAACACAUAACACAGAAGUGGUAUGGAUUGGUGGAUUCCAGGUUCUGCUUCUAUCAUAUUUAUACAAUCGUGUAUGUCUAUUUAGUAAAGAGUGACCAACUACAAUUGCAUGCAGUAUUUUCGCAGGUAUAUGGCAUCUCAAAGAUCGGACUGGUUAAAUUAUAAGUUGGUUAGCUGAAGUUGACACAGUCUUAGUACUUGAUGGUGCUCCUAUGGAAUAAUGUAUAUCGGGAAUGAUAAAUAUUUGUACAGCCAUAGACAAAAUAAAAUCAAAACUAG